AGAGAGAGAGAGAGAGAGGAUUAGAUUAGUGAGGCACAGAGCAGGGGAUAGGGCAGAGAGAGAGAGAGUGAGGGGGGUGUGGAGGAGUGGUUUGUCAUUGCUGCCUGCCUGUAUAUAGUGAAGGCUGAGCGCUGCAGACCCCUGUGAGUUUGAGAGAGAGAGUGAGAGAGAGAGAGAAAGAAAACCAACUUUCUCCAAUCCCUCCCUACCUGAUUUACUGAGCAAGAGGAGAAGGCUACCUGUAUUCCUCCAGACAUCCUACGGGACCCCCUUCUUUUGGAUUACAGCAGCAACAGAGGGAGAUAUUAUCUAAAGUACACAAGGGCCAUGAAGCAGCUUGUGCUGGUGACUGUGGCAGUGGUGCUCCUCCUAGUGGUGGAUGAGGGCAUGGCGGCAAGGGGCAUGGCCAGGAGGACCAAGAGGCAGCUGAACAGUCCGCUGCACGUGGGAGGCAUCCGGGAUCCGUCUGGGUUGUACUGCCAGCGCCGCGGGGGCUGUUGUCCCGGAAGGGAUGACCUGUGUACCGUGCCGUACCUGGACACCAUCUGUUACUGUGACCUGUUUUGCAACCGCACCGUCUCCGAUUGCUGCCCCGACUUCUGGGGACACUGUCUGGGAAUCAAUCCCCCUUUUAUUGGCACCUGCGAAAGAAACGGACACAAAUUCCGCUCGGGACAAACAUACAGAGACAACUGCAACUUAUGCACGUGUGGCACCACAGGGCGCUGGGAGUGUGACCAGCACGCCUGUCUGAUGGAGAAUGACAUGAUCCAGGCUGUCAACAGAGGAAACUAUGGGUGGCAGGCAGCUAACUACAGCCAGUUCUAUGGCAUGACUCUGGAUGAGGGCAUACGCUACCGCCUGGGCACCCAGAGACCUUCCAGGACCAUCAUGAACAUGAAUGAGAUGCAGAUGAACAUGGACCCCCAGAAGGACCCCCUGCCCCACCACUUUAACGCAGCGGAGAAGUGGCCAGGGAAGAUUCACGAGCCUCUGGACCAGGGCAACUGUGCUGCAUCCUGGGCCUUCUCCACCGCUGCCGUGGCUUCCGACCGUAUCGCCAUCCACUCCAUGGGUCACAUGACCCCCCAGCUGUCACCCCAGAACAUCAUCUCCUGUGACACACGCAACCAGGGGGGCUGCGCUGGGGGGCGUGUCGAUGGGGCUUGGUGGUUCCUGAGACGCAGAGGCGUGGUGACGGAGGACUGUUAUCCAUUCCAGCCCCCCCAGCAGUCCCCUGCAGAGGUGGGCCGCUGCAUGAUGCAGAGUCACUCUGUGGGCAGAGGAAAGAGGCAGGCCUCAGCACGCUGCCCCAACACCCAGAACUACCAAAACGACAUCUACCAGUCAACACCCCCCUACAGGCUCUCAUCAAACGAGAAAGAGAUCAUGAAGGAGAUUAUGGAUAAUGGUCCCGUGCAAGCCAUCAUGGAAGUUCAUGAGGAUUUCUAUGUCUACAAGAGUGGAAUCUACAAACAUUCAGAUGUGAGCUUCACCAAGCCUCCUCACUAUCGUAAACACGGGACUCACUCAGUCAGGAUCACAGGUUGGGGAGAGGAGAGAACAUAUGAUGGAACAACAAAGAAAUAUUGGAUUGCUGCCAACUCCUGGGGCAAGAACUGGGGUGAGCGAGGCUUCUUCCGUAUUGCCCGCGGGGAGAACGAGUGUGAGAUUGAGGCGUUCGUGAUUGGGGUGUGGGGCCGUGUCACUUUGGAGGACAUGCAAAGUCACCAUCAUCAUGGCCGACGCAAGUAGAGAUUCCCACCAGAUGCGAGAGAUAACUGCUCUAACCCCCACCCAGGGGCCACCACCCAACAACCCCCAGUCCAUCUCUCAUUUCUCCCCCCUUAACCUUCACAGUGUCCUGAGGGGGGGAGGGGGGGGAAGGCCCAAACAAAUCCUUCCCUUGGGGAAGAAUUAUUCCUCCAAUUUUUGGCCAUUUCGAGGUUCAUGGCGCAAAAUAACUUUGUCAGGCCCACCAAAAAAGGCUUUCAGCCUCACAGUGUCAAGACACUGCAAUAAGCAGGACUCAGGACUUAUUUCUCCAAAGACCACAGUUCACACAAUCCUCUCCCCACAGUUUGUCAUUGCUUUCCUCCUGCUCGUAAAGGCUGGAGAACCAGUUCUCCUCACGUCACCUCACUUUUGACAAAAUAACUAGAUUUAUCUCAAAAUAACACUCACUCUGCCCUCACGUUCAUGACAAAGUGUAUUAUUUCACUCUUACAUUACAUUACAUUAUUUUUCACCCUGGUCGAUGGGGUCCUGUCCUGUCCUGGUAGGUUCAGAGUGCACACACAUUCCAAGAUAUAGGAGUAUGUCAAGAUGGGCCUGGGGAAAGGCGUUAUUAUGGGUUAGGUCAACUGUCCCUUUAGAUCACUGGAUGUCCUUCUCUGUCCCAAUAGCAAAACAACAUAGAGUUGAUGUCAAUUCCACUGUGAGGUAACGCAGAGAAUGACACUCAAUGUUAUUCUGCUGUACUGUACCACGUAGGCAAUUAUCGUUCAAAUAAUAAUCUGCAAUGAUCACAUUCCUUAAAACUAUACACCAAAAAUCAACAACCAGAACACAUUUAUUUGAUUUUAAAAUAUGAUGUAGGUUAUCAUUUGGUCAAACAUAUAUACAUUUUCCCAUAAUAUAUACGUGUAAAAUACUUUAAUCUACUGUUAUAUUUUUUGUGGUUUGACAAAACACCACUCAGACAGGUAUCAAAUGCCUUAUAAUAAAUAAUAACGGUUUACUGUCUCGGGCUUCUAGAUAGCUUGUUUAUGAUAGUCUUAAUCUAUUAAAUUCUGUGUACACUGUGCUACAAUUACAUGCUAUUUUUGUUGCUGCUGUAUUUUCUCUUAUCUUAUGGCUUUAAAGAAAGCCUAUUGCCUUUCGCAUACAUCCCCCCUAUCUUUCAUGACCAGUUGCUUUGAAUCAUGCUGCCUGUCGACAGUAAACACACAAAUCAAAUGGGUACCUCUUACUACAGGAAGAGGGGAGCUAAAGUCUGUUCGGCGCUGAUUCAUGGUCAUAUUUCAUGCGAGUCGGACAACAGUUGUAACUGAACCCUAACUCACCAAGAGCUAAUGCUUCACUAGUGUUGCUAAUGCUAACUGUAUUGUAUAUUUUAUUAUUAUUAUUAUUUCUGUAUUCCGGACACACAAAAAACGGUCCAUAGCACAAUACAAAACAUAGCAAAAGACAGACAAAUACAAGAUAAAACACAUACAAUCGUCUUGUUGUGAACCUCUACUGUAUACUCCGAGGCUCUGCGAAUCCAAAGAAGUAUUAAUUAGUGCAGACAGUGUAUUAGCAUCUACUAUCGUUUCUGUCACUAGUUAGGUGCUUCUUGAUAGAGUCCUCCACAGUCAUUUGCAAAUCUUACAAAACAACAGAAUGUACUGUCUCAGUUUCCACAGACGACUGCUGUCUUAAUGCAUGUCAGCAUCCUCUGACUAAAAUGUAAAAAAAUUGGUUAAUUAGUGAUUCCCAGGCUCUGAGAUGCCAGCCCCUUCCUACAACAUCAACAACCUCUUCUCCAUAGAGUUUCACUCUGGACGGUUCCUCUGCAAUAACUAUGUCACAAUUUCCUGUGGUCCUUAUUGUAAUCUCCCCUAGUCUGGGCCCCAUCAUCUCCUCAGAGGAAAGAUAUACACAUGAGAGAAAAGAGUUGUCUGGAUGUGUCUGGAUGAACAAGCAAUGUCCAGGACUGUAUGGAGGGCUAUAGAGAGGCAGGGGCUGGCCUUGCACGUCAGCUACAAGUACAGAAUCUUUAAAGAAGUUCAAUCGGAGCGAGAGGAGAAGAGGGCGAUCAAAGGAAUGGUGCACCUGGGUGAAUUGCAUCAUGGGUCAGCGAGGCGAUGCCAGGAAGGCUGACAGUCAGCCUUCAUGGGUUUAGAGUACAUGCCCCUGGUUUUGUGCCAACUCAGUUUCUUGCAAAUGUGUCUUUGUUUUUAAUUGAUAUCACAACGAGGCAUAUGUCUUGGUUUCACUAAGUCACAAACUCUGUGUGACUUUGGAAAGACCAGGCACAGAUGGCACAUGGCUGUGAUGGCUUUAUCAGGACUCCUUCAUUCUUUAUGAACUAUUAAACAGUAGAGUUGGAAGGUAUAGCACAUAUAUUUUAGAUUAGUCGUGACUGUUUUAACCUAAAGUAAAUGUUCUACCAUAGAUAUAUCAUAGGUGUUUCCUGGUGAAAUUUCUCAGUUCCGAACAUAAUUCAAUUACUCAGCCAGACCUUAUAGUGUUUUAGGUACAGAAUAUAACUGUUUGCCUAUGUGUUGUAUAAGCCUAUUGGUGUUUUUUCCCAUGAUUGAAGCCAGACAGUUGUUUCCUUGUAGUAUAAGCCAAUGAGAGACAGUCUGGAUCAAUGGACUGAGAGAGAGAAAGAAAGACAGGCAGAAGCAAGCCAGUGGCUCCAAGUCAUGCGGAGGAAUAGAGUGGAAUUUGGCCAAAGCAAGAUACAUAAGUUGGACUUACUGCCUGUUUAAAUACGUUCCACUAGGUUUCUGUUUAGACUGCCCAUUCAAGGUGGAUGAUAAUUUAACUGACAGAGGGUUUGGGCAAGGUGCUAAUAAUGUUGAGAGUGGAUGGGAGGUGCAUCGGUCAAGAAGUGUGUCAUGGUCAUUCCUCAAGCUUUUUGGUCCCAAUGAUGAAGACCAGAGGGAGCUGCUCUAGGUGAUAAGGUUACUCAAAUAUAACAAAUGACCAUGAACCUCAAACAAUUUAUCUUCAUCACUUAACCAACUGUUCCCCCCCCAAAAAAAACAGUCAAAAAGUUUGUUUUUAGAGACGAAGAACUACUUCAUAUUCAGACUUUUUAUUUAUAAGAUGUGUAAAUUAUAUACUUUAACUUUUUUCUGUGCAAUGUUUAUUAUCUCUCUGUCUCUUGUAAUGUGUGUAAAUGCAAACCAUGAUUUUGUUCACUUGCACAAUAAAAUCUUUCAAAACGAA